AAAAAACACACACAAAUAUUUUAAGAUAACAAAAUGGUGCACACAAAUUUACCAUCAUGGCUAAUAAUUCCAAAGCGCUUCAACAUAGCCGUUAUGUUAUUUAUGGCAUGUCUCAUGAGUUAUAUGAUGCGUGUCAAUUUAUCGAUAAAUAUCAUUGCUAUGGUUAAAAACACAGAUGCCAAUUCCACAGAAGAGUUGCCAGAUUAUGGUCCCCGCUAUGAUUGGAGUCAAAGUGAUCAGGCCAUGUUGUUGGGUGCCUUCUUCUAUGGUUAUAUGAUAACAUCCCUGCCAGCCGGUAUGUUGGCGGAAAAUUUCGGUGGUAAAAUUGUGGCGGGUAUAGCUUGUCUUUUGGCUGGUAUAUUAACGGCAUUGACACCCCUCGCCGCAGCCUGGAAUAUGUGGGCUGUGUGGGCCAUACGUUUUGGUAUUGGUUUUCUAACGGGUGUCGUAUAUCCAUGUUGCCAUAAUCUAGUCUCCAAAUGGGCCCCACCCGAUGAGAAAGGUAAAUUCGUGGCCUCUCUAAUGGGUGGCACCUUUGGUACUGUGAUAACCUGGCCGAUAAGUGGUGUCAUUAUUGAAAAUAUGGGUUGGGAUUGGGCCUUCUAUAUGGUGGGUAUAUUUGUCCUGAUUGUGGUCAUUGCUUGGUUUAUCGUUGUCGAUGACAGUCCUGCCCAGCAUUCAACCAUCAGUAUUAAGGAGAGGGAAUAUAUUGAAAAGAGUUUGGGCAACACGGUAUCCAACAAGAAGCGCUUCCCACCCUACAAAGCCCUGAUUGUGUCGCUGCCCUUCUGGUCACUCUUGUUGUUGCAUUACGGCAGCAUGUGGGGUCUCUUCUUCUUGAUUACGGCCACACCGAAAUUCUUAAGUGAAGUAUUGGGUUUCAAUCUGUCAUCAGCUGGUUUCUUGUCAUCCCUUCCUCACUUGGCCCGUUUGCUUUGUGCCUUUGGUUUUGGUUCAAUUGCCGAUUUGAUUAGACGUAAAAAUUGGCUGUCCGUUACUAAAAUGCGUAAAGUUUUCUGCUUACCUUCUCACGUCAUUCCUGGUAUAUUGUUGGUUAUCUUGGCCUUCUUCGGCAAGGAUCCCUAUGUUUGCGUGGCCAUUAUGACAAUUUCAUUGGGCUUCAAUGGUGCUGCUACUGCUUCCAAUUUGCAGAACAGCCAAGAUUUGGCGCCCAACUAUGCUGGUACCUUGUACGGUAUUAUUAAUUGUGUUGGUACCACACCUGGUAUUUUCUCACCGUUGAUUGUGGCAGCUUUCACAGAAGAAAAUAACACAAUCGAACAAUGGCAUUAUAUCUUCUUAAUCGGUGCCGCUGUUUACAUCAUUCCCGCCCUAAUUUACUGGGUCUUUGGUUCGGGUAAAAUCCAAAAAUGGAAUGAAUUAGAUACAACAUCUUCGAAAGAAGAAAUUGUCAAUACAAAAUUAUAA